AUGAUUCCUAAGUCUUUAUAUUUGCCUGCUUAUUUAUUCGCGGCCCUCGCCGCCGCCUUGCCCCAAGGUUCAUCAUCGUCUGGCCCGCAGUCGCCGGCAAGUCUCGGCAUCACGAAGCAAGAAAUCACAACAGGAGGAAGGAAGCCAGCAACCGUUUUUGGAUCUGUCGUGAAAUUUGACGACAAUGUGGAUAUCACUAAGCCGCAACUUGUGGGAAUGGCGCAGGCCGCCUAUCAGGAGAUGAUCUCCCUGUGGAAAUCGGAACUCGCAGAAAGGCCCCCAGUAAUGACAGCAUUGAAGGUGGGCAACGAAGUUAUCCUGUCGAGUAGCAUGAAGGGCGGGGCUACCUAUAUCUACCAGAGUCAGGAACUUAUCAACGACGACAAGAAGGGGAAGGACGACAAGGUCGAGAAGGGAUUUGGCGCCUUCACCAACGUUCUGAAGCAGAAUGCACCGGAUGUCAUGGAGGCCCUGGACAAAUGUCGUGAGGAGUCCCGUCGGCUCGAGGGAAUCAAAAACAAAGACCAGUCGGGCAAUGGUGAAUCUGGUUCCUCUAGCAACCCUAACACCGGUCAGGGAGCAUGGAGCACAGUGGGAGGCCAAAAAGGGAAGGGCAAAGACCAAAACGGGAGCAAGAAAGGAACACCAAAGGUGAAAAAUAAUAAAGAUACCACGUACCAGCAUCGGCGAGAUGGCGUCUGCGGCGAGGUUUUGGCAUCGCUGCGAUAUCGCAUGGAACAUUCCGGUCCCAACAACAGACUGGACAAGAAGGAUCCGCAGCCCGUGGUUGUCGCAUGGUUUGCUGGUAAAAAAGAAUUUGCUAGGCAAGGGAAGAUCAUGGAUCCCUGCGGCAAUGACCUACUAAACGAGGGAGGCUGCGACUGGGGCUGUGGCGCUUUUACUGGUUCCAAGGGAAUGGGCUUUAGCGCCAUUACAGAGGCAGAAAAUGUUAGGGCAGAUCUCAACUACCCUAAGGGCCAAACAAAAAAUGUACUACUCCCUGAUAUAAACGGCAGGCCUAGCACUGCGGACCAGGGCCAGCAGCACCAGCAGCAGGGCCAGCAGCACCAGCAGCAGGGCCAGCAGCACCAGCAGCACCAGCAGCACCAGCAGCACCAGCAGCACCAGCAGCACCAGCAGCACCAGCAGCACCAGCAGCACCAGCAGCACCAGCAGCACCAGCAGCAGGGCCAGCAGCAAGGACAGCGGGGAGGACAGGGUGGACGCAGGCCUUAG